UUAACACCUUUGCACAUUGCGGCUAAAAAUGGCAACUACGAAUUUGCUGAGUAUCUUAUAAACAAAGGUGCUAAAGUUAGCUCAAAAGAUAACGAAGGAAGAACUUGCUUACACUAUGCAGCUUUGUGCAAUAAUAUUUCUUUAACUGAACUUAUGAUUUAUCAGGGAGCAGAUAUUGAAGCUCGCGAUACCACAGGCCAGACACCAUUACUUUUAGCUAUUGGCAGAGGACAUACAUCAGUUUUUAAAAUAUUAGUUGAAUUAGGUGCUGAUAUUACGGCUACAGACUUCGAUGGUCGGCACUGCAUCCAUUACAUAAUUGAGCAAAAUGAUAUUAGCACCAUACAGGCAGUCUUAGAAGUAAGCUUACUACGCCUAGCUUGA